CCCGCCCCUCCCACUUCUCCCGUCGCAGGUCCUCCUCCCGAGUCUGAAAAGUCGCCCAAGUCAGUCGUCCAGCGGUGGUCGUGGCGGUGCGUUCCCUCACGCGGCGCAAUCCUCACUCCGUAGAACUAGUUGUUGCGUUUGGCUCAGAUAACAGGCUGUCGAUUCUCUCUGUGAUGAACCUGGCAACAACCCUCAAGUGACAGAAGAACACAACAGCUCCAGCGAUGUCGACCAUGGAAUCACAAAAUAACAGCGAGACGGAACACGAAAGAACUAUAACCAUACUGCCAAACGAAACUCAGAACCUCGCCAAUCGCAAAAGUGUCUCGGCUGCCGCUCGCUUCGUCCUAAUAGGAGCCGUGUGCAUUGCCGCUACCCUAUUACUCUUCCUUCUGACGUCACGUGAUCCUCCAACGAACCACAGCCGCGAGAAGAGACAGGGAUCAUGCCAGGUCGACAUGUGUCUGACAGAGGAGUGCAUCCACGCAGCGUCGAGCAUCCUCAAGGCGAUGGAUCCCACAGUCGAUCCCUGUGAUGACUUCUACACGUAUUUUACCCUUUUUUUGCGUUUAGUGUUUUGAAAAAAAUAGUUUUAU